CUACCAUACAAUUUCAUCAAGAUGAAUACACGGCCAUCUUCUCCGGAUUCUCUGAAAACCCAUUUUGUGGACAUCCAUGAAGUCCUGCACGAAGAAAAGGAAGAAGAAGAAGAAGAAGAAGAAAGGUCAAGAAAAAUAAUGGCGGAUAAUGAUGACAGAACCGCCGCCAAUAAGCGUUUCAACAGGCAAAUGAAGCUCAGGGAAGCGAGGAGAAACAGUAGGGGUUUCAGCAGGCAAGUUUCACUGGAGACUGGAUUCUCUGUGCUUAAUGGUGAAUCGUCGAAACACAGAAAUGAUCGGAAAGUUCUUUCGAGAAGUGGGCAAAGUUUCAGUGGAUUUGGAGUGGGUGGUGCAGAGGCAAGGAAAGGGGAUUUCAGUAUGUUCAAGACCAAAUCAAAUCUUGUCAGACAAAACUCCAAGCUGCUUCUCAAGAAAGAAAGUGGGAUUGAUCAUCAAAAGAGUAAUCUCAAUGCAGAGGGUGAUGAUGAUGGUGUCAACGACAGUGUUCCUGCUGGGAGAUACUUUGAUGCUCUUAGAGGGCCUGAACUCGAUCAAGUCAAGGACACUGAAAAUAUACUUCUGCCCAAAGAUGAGAAGUGGCCAUUUCUACUAAGGUUCCCAAUAGGAUGCUUUGGAAUCUGUCUAGGCCUAAGCAGUCAAGCAAUCCUUUGGCGUUCCCUGGCCACUAGUCCUGCCACAAAGUUCCUUCACAUCUCACCCUUCAUAAAUUUUGCUCUCUGGGUAUUAGCCUUAUGCAUCCUUGUGGCUGUGUUCUUCACCUACACAUCCAAAUGCAUACUCUACUUUGAAGCUGUGAAGAGAGAAUACUUUCACCCUGUAAGGGUAAACUUCUUCUUCGCCCCGUGGGUCGUCUGCAUGUUCUUAGCCAUAGGCACACCCCCUGCAAUUUCCCCAGCAGACACUCUCCACCCUGCAAUCUGGUGUGUCUUUAUGGCGCCGAUUUUCUUCCUAAACCUCAAGAUUUACGGGCAGUGGCUCUCGGGAGGGAAGCGUCGCCUCUGCAAAGUGGCCAACCCGUCUUCCCAUCUGUCUGUGAUUGGGAACUUUGUUGGGGCUAUUCUUGCAGCCAAGGUGGGGUGGAAUGAGGCUGGCAAGUUCUUAUGGGCUAUCGGCUUUGCACAUUAUCUUGUUGUGUUUGUAACGCUCUACCAACGAUUGCCUACAAGCGAGGCGCUGCCUAAAGAGCUUCACCCGGUUUAUUCCAUGUUCAUUGCCACUCCAGCAGCAGCCAGCAUUGCUUGGGGAGCCAUUUAUGGUGAAUUUGAUGGCCUAGCAAGAACCUGUUACUUCAUAGCUUUGUUCCUCUACUUAUCCCUCGUCGUUCGAAUCAACUUCUUCAGAGGUUUCAGAUUCUCAGUGGCAUGGUGGUCAUAUACAUUUCCUAUGACAACAGCAUCAAUAGCAACAAUAAAGUAUGCAGAACAGGCACCUUCUGUGAUCAGCAAGGGACUGGCUGUGACUCUUUCUUUCAUGUCAUCUACAAUGGUCUUCCUCCUCUUCAUCUCGACUCUUCUCCACGCUUUCGUCUGGUGCACGCUCUUCCCCAACGACUACGCAAUCGCCAUCACAAAGAAGAGACUUGCUAAGGAGAAUAAGAAACCAGCAAAGAAGAGUUAUGAUAUUCGGCGCUGGACAAAGCAGACCCCUUUAGCAUUUGUGUCCACUAUGAGGAAGCAUAAUUCAGCAGACAAGGUUUCUGAUGGAGAUAAAUGAGUACAAUUUGGGUGUUUUAGGACACACAAACAGUUCAGUAGUGUUUAGGUUUUGAGACAGUUUAGUCUCUGAAUCAUAGUUUCCUAAGAUGGAUGUCUGUCUUAUCAUGCAAUAGUAUUUUCAUUUCUUCAUUCAGUUGGUUUUUGAAUGAAAAUUUGAUGAACAAUA